UACAAGAAAUUGGUCUGCACUGUGGAUAAAAGGGAUGAUUCCUAGGCAUACAAAUGCAGAUAUAUGCACUUUCGAGAUGAUGGAUGAGCAAUGAAGGGGGUACCUUAUAGAAGAAAAGGAAAAAAGGCCACUGCUUCGGUAAAAAUCUUGAAUUCGGCGCAGAGUUUUGACCAACAACUUCCACUGCAUGCACACACGCCAAUGCAGACGAACUUUUAACAAAGCAAAAUGGUUAUCAUGCAUUUAAAAAAUAAUGUUAAAAGCAUUCCCUAUUCAUGUUAUAGUUAAACGAGGACGAGACCUAGACUUUGUGGGGAGGUGUUGAGAUAUUAAAGCGUAGUGCACCGAUUCAUCCACGUGUGUGAUGAGGCUCUCUGAUGAAGCAUCCGCUUAAUCAAAUGAAGUCUUUCGUGAUGGGAUCUUGAGGCUGCCUUUUCUUCUGGUGUGAAGGUGUUAAACCCAUUCAUGCGGGAGCAAUUCCCUUCUUUAUGAUCCGUGUGGGCAAAAUAAGAAUCAUAUUUAGAUAACCGGUUAAGGAAAAGGAUGAAAACGAUGAGAAGCCUGAAUAUAUAUAUAUAUAUAUAUAUGUUGAAUAUUAUCAAAUCUGAGUAACUCCCAUCCUCCCAUCUUCUCUUGGUCAUAUUCCACCCUCAUUCGCGUUUCUUUCUCUCCCUCAGAUCGCCAUUCCCUACACUUCACGAAGGAUGCAACCCAUGACGACGACCGACGCCGAGGGGUUCGCCACCGACACCCCCCUCCACGCGCUCUCCCCUCUUGACGGCCGCUACAAAGCCGCCACCCUCCCCCUCCGCGAUUUCUUCUCCGAGCGCGCGCUCUUCCGUUACCGGGUGCAGGUGGAGGUGUUGUACUUCAUCGCGCUCUGCCGGGAGGUGCCGGAAAUCACGGCGUUGCAAGGAACCACCGACGCCCAACUCGCCGCCCUUCGCGCGGCGACUUUUGAAAACUUUUCCGCGUCCGACGCGCGGCGAAUUCGUGCGAUCGAGCAGAUCACCCGCCACGACCUCAAGGCGGUGGAGUACUUCGUAAAGGAACGCGCCCGAGGCGUGGCGGGGCUCGCCGCGCGGGCGGAGUUCAUCCACUUCGGGCUCACCUCGCAGGACGUGAACAACACCGCGAUUCCGAUGCUCCUGCGGGAUGCCCUUGAACGGGUGUAUCUCCCAGGCCUUCAGAGGGUCCUGCGGGCGCUACGCGAUCGCCUGACGGGGUGGAAUCACGCGAUGCUCGCGCGCACCCACGGGCAGCCGGCGACGCCGACGAACCUCGCGAAGGAGUUCGCCGUCUGGAUCGAACGGGUGGAAGGGCAACAGGCGCAGCUCCGGGGGAUCGCCGCGAGUGGGAAGUUCGGUGGCGCCUCGGGAAACCUCAACGCGCAUCGGGUGGCCUUCCCCGGGGUGGAUUGGGUGGGUUUCGCGAAUGGGUUUUUGCGAAACUACCUCGGCCUCACCCGGCAGCGCUACACGACGCAGGUGGAGCAUUACGAUCACAUCGCGGCCGUCUGUGAUGCCUGCGCGCGAGUGCAGCGAAUCCUGAUGGACCUCUGCGCGGAUACGUGGUGGUAUAUCUCACUCGGCUACUUCACGCAGGAGGUAAAACCUGGGGAGAUAGGGAGCAGCGCGAUGCCGCAUAAAGUCAACCCGAUCGACUUCGAAAACGCGGAGGGCAACCUGGGGUUGAGCAACGCGCUGUUUCACUUCAUCGCGAGCAAGUUGCCCAUCUCACGGCUGCAACGCGAUCUCUCGGAUAGCACGGUGCUGCGCAACCUCGGCGUGCCCUUCGGCCACGCGUUGGUGGCCUUCAACUCGAUCGAACGCGGGAUCAAAAAGCUCCGCGUGAACCCCCAAGCGCUCGAGAGGGAUCUCAAAAACAAUUGGGCGGUUGUGGCCGAGGGGAUCCAAACCAUCCUCCGCCGCGAGGGCUUUCCGAACCCAUACGAGGCGCUGAAGGAGUUCACCCGCGGGAGGGAGGAUUUGGACGAGCGUAUUAUCCACGAGUUUAUCGACAGCCUGCCGGGAAUCCGCGAGGAGGUGCGGCGGGAGCUGAAGGCAAUCACUCCACUAAACUACACCGGCUACUCCAUUUCGCAUCUCUAG